UAUAAAACACCAGAAGAAGGCCACACGCUACACUGAGACUGAACACACUUUGCAGCGCCACAAGCGAGAAGACUCCGAAGCCGGGAGUAGAAGUACCAACAUUGAUCCUGGAGCUCAGACUACACGCCGUUUUGUUCUCCGGACUGUCUACUGGAGCUCCGUUUCAACCCAGAUUCAUCUCAACCUGCGCUAUACGCCAGCUUCUCUGGAUAUAGCUGCUACAAAGUUGGUAGUAAACUCUUUGGAGUUUGGUUCGAGUCGCAUUUUUAAAAAAAACAUUGACUUGCUUGUGAAAGUGGGCUGCACUGAAACUUGGGACUGACCCGCUCGGGUCGGGAGAGGACCUGGCGCAUCUUUUUUGACGCAGAACAGCAAGAAAGUUUCGGCCAGAUACACUCCGAGGAACGGACGUAAAGUUGAGUGAAGCGCUCCCUCAUCACUGACAAGGUUAAGCUGACCCAAUGGCGUCGUCAGCUCUUUCAGGGCCCUCUGUGGCUCUUCUCCUGCUCUUCUUCACUUCGACCUCCUGCACACCCUCCGGGCCAGCCUCUGCCACCUGCGCGACCCUCGAACAGAGUCGCUUCUUUGGCGUUUUCUCCUCCACGACGACCCUUCCUUCGGCACCGUGCUCCUGGACCCUGCAGAACCCCGACCCCCGCCGCUACACCGUCUACAUGAAGAUCACCAAGCCGACUGACUCCUGCGUGCCGAGGCAGAUAAGGACCUUCCAGUUUGACUCCUUCAUUGAGACGUCCCGCACUUACCUGGGCAUGGAGAGCUACGACGAAGUAGUCAGGCUGUGCGACGCCUCAACCACCGUCACCUACCUGGAAUCCAGCAAGCAGUUCCUGCAGAUCCGCAAAGUGGCCCAGAACAACGGCCUGGAGAUUGCGCACAGCGAGAAUGACGUCAGCGAGUUCAAGGCUGAGUUUCUCGUGGUGGGAAAGAGGAACCCAAGUAUGCCCGCCUGCCAGAUGCUGUGCCAGUGGCUGGAGAAGUGCCUGUCCAGCAGCACCCACGAGUACCCCUGCGGUAUCAUGAAUACACCUUGCCAGUGCUGGGAGGCCCCAAAAAGGAAGCCGGGGAGCUGCUACAGGGGUGGCGUCUAUGUUGAGAAAUGCCUUCCAGUGCCAAGAGACAAUGGCCGCAAUGCUGAGAUCAUUAAAGGCUGGGCUGGUUGGAGCCGCUGGUCUGUAUGCAGCCAGGAAUGCGGGGGUGGCGUCCAGGUGCGCAGUCGUACCUGUCAACCAGAUGAUGCCGUCUGUGAGGGCACCGUUGAAGAAGGGCGGCCAUGCAACCCACAAGCCUGCAUAGGCAAAGAGCGUACCAAAAGCCAGGGUCUGCGGGCCAUUAUUGGUCUGAGGAGAGACCACGCUGAUGAUUCUGGCCUUGGAGUUGUUGCAACUCAAACCGCAAACACUAAGACAGAUGAGUGGUCCCCUUGGACUGGAUGUUCAGUGACUUGUGGAGAGGGUUGGCAAAGCCGCACCCGUGUCUGCGCAACUUCCUCCUUCACUACCCAGUGCACCGGACCCCUGCGCGAGAACAGGCCCUGCAACAACACCGCCAUCUGCCCAGUUGAUGGAGCCUGGGAUGAAUGGACCCCCUGGAGCCUGUGCUCAUCUACAUGCGGUCGAGGUUACCGUGACCGUUCCCGUACUUGCAAGCUGCCCCAGAACGGAGGAGAGCCUUGCAACGGCCCUUCAAGACAGAACAAGCUCUGCAACAUUGCUGUAUGCCCUGUGGACGGACACUGGAAUGACUGGUCAGCGUGGAGCCCAUGCUCUGCCUCAUGCUCCAACGGUACCAUGCAGAGAACAAGAGAAUGCAAUGGCCCAUCCUACGGGGGCUCAGAGUGCCAGGGCAGCUGGAAAGAGGCUGUCAACUGCUUUCUGAAAGAGUGUCCAGUUGAUGGACGCUGGCACGCGUGGACCUCAUGGGGCAGCUGCAGCAAGACUUGCGGUGGUGGCAUCCAGCAGAGACAAAGAGUUUGCGAAGGUCCUUUCUUCGGCGGGGAGCCUUGCCCUGGUGAAAGAGGAGAGCAGAGACGCUGCAAUGAGAAGAGAUGUCCCGAGCCCCAUGAGAUUUGCCCUGAGCAGAACGCUGGAGAUGUUGUGUGGAAGAAGACCCCUGCCGGUGACAUGGCUGCCAUCUCCUGUCCGGCUGAUGCUGCAGGUCUGAUUCUUCGCCGCUGUAGUCUUAACGCUGUCGGUCUGGCUACCUGGGAGAGCCCAACUUACAUCAAGUGUGUCUCCAAGAACUAUGAGAACAUUCAGAUCCUGUCGAGGAACUACAGCGCCAAAGCACAGAUGGCGCAAAGCGUGGACGGCAUCGCUGAAGUGAUUUCCCGUCUGAGGUUCUUAACCGAUGAGGGCGCCACGUACAGCGGCGACCUCCUGGCUGUCAUGGACAUCCUGAAGAACACCACCGAGCUGUACAAGGCGACCAGGCUGAGACUGAGCAAUGCAGAUGUUGAGAACUACGUCCAGACCAUCAGUAACUUGCUGAAGGAAGAACAUCACGACAAAUGGGAAGAGGCACAGCUGAUGGGCGCCAGCGUUAAGGAGUUCUUCCGUCUUGUCGAGGACUCAGUGAACAUGCUCGGUAUGCAAAUGAGCGGCUUCCAGGACAUUUAUGAAGUCACUGAGAAUUUAGUGCUGAGCAUCCACAAGCGGCCGACGACAACAAGCUCCAACUUCACUUUCCCGGCAAAGGGCUGGAGGGGCAUGUUGGACUGGGUCAGGACCUCUGAGGAGAAAAUUUCAGUUUCCAGAGACGCUCUAGCCAUUGAGCAAACUGAUGGCAAUGAUGCAUUUGUGACUGGCAUCGUCCUGUACAGAAACCUUAGUUCUUUCCUCUCCUUUCAGAGCAACAGCACUCUGCUCAAUUCAAAAGUGGUCACGGUGAUCGUCAAGCCCACCCCUGCGCUCGUGUCUUCACCUGUUGAGAUCGAGUUCCCCCACCUCCACAAUGGCACCAUGAAUGAGACCUGCCUCUCUUGGGACGAGAGCGAAACAUCCUCCCUGCUUGGAUCGUGGUCUGCUCGGAGCUGCAGAGCCGUCCCCGUUCAUUCGUUCCGAACCAAAUGCGUGUGUGACAGCCUCUCCACCUUCGCCAUUUUAGCACACACCAACUUCGACUCGAUCAUGGACAAGGCGCUUCUCCCAUCCGUGACUCUCAUCGUUGGCUGUGGGGUCUCCUCGCUCACCCUACUCCUCCUCAUCAUCAUCUACGUCUCCGUGUGGAAGUACAUCCGCUCCGAGCGCUCUGUUAUCCUCAUCAACUUCUGCCUGUCCAUCAUAUGCUCCAAUGCGCUCAUUCUUGUUGGACAAACUCAGGCUCGCAAUAAGGUGGUGUGCACACUGGUGGCAGCUUUUCUGCACUUCUUCUUCCUUUCCUCUUUCUGCUGGGUGCUGACAGAAGCUUGGCAGUCGUACAUGGCUGUCACUGGUCGUCUGCGCAACCGCAUCAUCCGCAAGCGCUUCUUAUGCUUAGGUUGGGGCUUGCCUGCAUUAGUGGUGGCUGUGUCUGUGGGCUUCACCAAAGCCAAGGGAUACGGCACUGUCAACUACUGCUGGCUGUCUCUGGAGGGCGGACUCCUCUACUCCUUUGUUGGCCCCGCCGCUGCCGUUGUUUUGGUGAAUAUGGUCAUUGGUAUUCUGGUCUUCAACAAGCUGGUAUCCAAGGACGGCAUCACCGAUGUGAAGCUGAAGGAGAGAGCUGGGGCAUCACUUUGGAGCUCCUGCGUGGUUCUGCCCCUGUUGGCUCUCACAUGGAUGUCUGCUGUACUCGCCAUCACCGACCGCCGUUCCGCCCUCUUCCAGAUCCUCUUUGCCGUCUUCGACUCCCUAGAAGGUUUCAUCAUCGUCAUGGUCCACUGCAUCCUGCGUAGAGAGGUUCAGGAAGCCGUUAAGUGCAGGGUAGUUGACCGCAAGGACGACGGCAAUGGAGAUUCCGGCAGCUCCCAUCACAAUGGCCACAACCAGCUGACGCAGUCCGAUAAUGAAAAGGAUGGAGAUUCAAGCAGACAAGGAAUGAGCAGUUCCUCGGAAGAGAAGAUGUCGCCACCCCAAAUGCCUCUUCCCAUGGGCCCCAACUUCCACACUUUGCCAUCCAGCAAGAGCCACAUGCAAGCUGUUCCUGAAUAUUCCAGCCACACUCUCACACUGAAGAGAGAAAAGGGCCGUCUGGCGGGCGGAGUCGACCCAUCCUGCGGAAAACCCGUGUACGUCUGCGAGGGGGAGCUGUUCCAGCAGCUGGAUGCUGAUCUCGCUCUGGUUCAAGCGGAGGGCGGCGUCCCUGCCGGCAGCGGUUACGUGCUCAUGCCCAACACCACGUCCACCCUGAGGUCCAAGCCGAAAGACGACGCGACAAAGUACAACAUCGGCGUGGAACAACUGCCGCAGGCCAGACUCAUGCACCUGGGCGGGCCCUUUGCCGAGCCGCAAACCGCCUUUGGGAUCAAGUCCAUCCCGCCUGACCAGAUCAGCGUGUCCUAUUCCGAGAGGGACUCGCCCAUCCAAAAUAUCCACAAUAUGUCCAGCGAGUCUCACAUCACCCACAGCAGCCUGGAGAACACCUUUGAGUCCAUGAACUCCAUGAUGUCAAAAAGCGAGACCAUCUCCACCUUAUCCAUGAGCUCCUUGGAGAGGCAAAAGUCGCGGUACGCUGAGCUGGACUUUGAGAAAAUAAUGCACACAAAGAAGCGCCACCAGAAUAUGUUCCAGGACCUGAACAGGAAGUUACAUCAUGGGGAUAAGGACAGAGAGUCGCCUGCUUCUGACAGCAAGUCUGUGAGAUGGAGCGUAUCAUCAGCAGGAAGUGACAAAACGAACCACAGCGACAAACAGCAGGCUCCCAUUGAGAGGCCUUGGGAAGCGGUACGGGGAUUACCACAGCAGUCUCCUCCCGCGUGGGUCCGCAAAGAUUUGGAACCCCUGGCUGCAUCGCCGCUGGAGUUGCACGCUGUGGAAUGGGAGAAGACGGGCACCCCCAUCCCUCUGGUGGGGCAGGACAUCAUUGACCUGCAGACAGAGGUCUGAAGGGGAUGGAGUUUGCAAGCCUUGUUUUACCUCGGUGCCCUGUUGGGCUCCUGUGUAGGUACAAUACAGGACUGCGAGAACGUAGGUCAGUGAAUCGAUGUCUUCAAACCCUCAGCGGGAGCAGGGGAAGGGGGGCGGGGUGAUGGAGUGGAAUGCUUGAUGAUUGUUUCCUCUCUGAGUGGACUUAAAGCAGCUCUACUUAGAGUGCUCAGGAGGUCAAAGGGCUGGUGAAAUGCUCUGCGGUCCAUGUAGGCCAGCACUGCCUGUGGUUCCUGUAAUGUACGCUGGCAACCAGGCCAGGCACGUCUGUGCUUCUUUGCAACUUAUGAGACAAACCGUACUUUUUUAGGGGGGAGGAAUGACCAGAACUCACGGCUGCUCCUCUUCCAGUCAAUGUCCCUUCCACAUGAGGCGAGAGCGCAUGUUCAGCAACCACUCUCACGCCUGGAGUCCAUCAUUUUUUGAUCAUUUGAUAGGCACAGGUUCUGUUUCUGAUACAUUUUGUCCUUUCUGUUGCCGUUCACGCCUGGAACUUUUUAAAGAUGAGACUCUUCCAUGAGACUUGUUUGUCAUUCAUAUCACCAUAGUUAUUAUCAGUGUUAUCAUCGCUGCUGUUGAUUAUUAUGUUUUUUUUAUAUUAGGGAUGGGCAUAAUCAUUGUUCAAGCAAUUAAGAAUUAUGCUGACUAAUCACGUCUUGGAGAAGUGGAGGGAAAAUUGAGUAGGCUUGGCUGCCACCAGCAGAGGCGCUUUUGAGUCAGUCGUUGAGGUCAUACCUGUCAACAUUUCCAUUUGCCGUAUACCGCUUGCCACGAAAUCCAUACACUCACAUUUUCUUUCGGGUGCGAUUGCUAAAUAGCCCGCCAUGGGGCCUAAGAAAGUUGCGAGUGCAGGCAAUUUGAUAAAGACGGUCAUAUUUUUGGGUUUCUGCAACAAAUUAAUUGGAUUUACAUGAUUUACUAUGGGAAAAAACAACAUCAUUUUGUAUUUUGUUGAACCAUUUGGAAUGAUUACAGUAAUCCCCCGCCGCAUCACGCUUCGAAUUUCACGGCUUCACUCUGUUACGUUUUUUCAAAAAUAUAUCAAUUAAUAAAUCAUUCUAAUAAAUGCAUAUUUAGGCCGAUUUGACAUAUUUUGCCUAAAUUAAGCAUUUUCAAGCAUAAAAAUGGCUAAAAUAACUCAAAUGCAAAUAUAAGGCAUUCAGAGGACGCAUUCAAAGACGUCGUGAUGAUAUGUAGUAUUCUACACUGGUCACUAGAUGUCAGUAAUGUUACUGUAAUGUUCAGUGAGUCACACAAGCACCAGACUUGAGUCUAUAUUAUGUCUUAUAUGUCCUAUUUUUUCUUAUUAUGUCUCCUAUAUUGGGUAAUUCAAGUGUGUAAAGUGUAAAGGUAACUAUAGGGGUGUUAUUUCAUGUCUAGAGGACUCUAAUCUCGUAUUUAGAAGGUCGUAGACAGGUUUUCCGUGCUCUAACUUAGGAAAAAAUUCAAUUUGUUAAUAACUUCGCGGAAAUUCAUUUUUCACAUCUGGGUCUGAAACGAGGGAUUACUGUACAGCAAUAAACGAGGUACCACCGUAAAAGGGAAAUUUUCCGGAACAUAAAAGAAAAUGACGGAAAAUAAGGCACCCCCUUCCCCCCCAACGCGUGCGUUAUGAGCAGAAUGGAAGCAAUGCUGCUGAGAGUUCAAACACGGGAAAGUAUUAAAACGGGAGAGCGCCGGGAAAGACAGGCAAAGACCGUGAGUUUCCCGGGGAAAACCCCUUCAAGUAGCGUUAUUAUAUGCCAUACAACACCGGCAUUGAAACAGGAGUUCAGAACAUUCAGUGAGUGAUUCUCCCAUCCCAUUAAAAUAUACGUCAUUCAUGGAAAUUCUUUUAAAUGCCCAUCCCUGGUUUAUAUUUGAAUUAUGUAUGUUAUUUACAAUCUGCAAUGUAUUGUGAUCCAGUAUGCACUGCAAUGGGACAAACCGAGUAGUGAUGGAGGCGGUUACUCGUUUCCUCUUUUUUUCCCCCUCCAUUUCCUUCGACACCAAAGCACCAGCACCACAAUACAGACUCUUGACGCGGAGCAGUGCACUGUGGGAAUGGCUGGGCUUGGUUUGUCAGCCUUGCAGGACUAUUUGGACUUUGUUGAGGCUCCUGGCACUAAUGUGACAGUCGGCCUCUGGCUGUCAAGCCUUCAACACAUUUGUGUUUUCAGACCAUCAGUGUGAAACGGUGCAAUAUGAUGGGUGCUUGAUGCUCAAGCAAGACCAAUAUUAGGGUUUAGGCAUUUUUUUCUUACCAAUGAUUCAAAUCUUUUAUACCAUCUUCCUCAUAAUUACAGAGCAUAUAGACGCUAUAUGAGAAUAUAUUGUAUAACAAAUCUGUAUUAGUAAUUCAAGGAAUUUAUUAACUAGAGAUUUGUUAGCAUUAAACUCCAUAUUUGGAGGUGUCUGUGACAGGUAGAUCAUUGUACUUCUAUAAAGCAAACAUUGUAUAGAAUGAAUGAAUAUCUCUCCAAUUUGCUUCAGGAUGUUUGUUAUUACUCUCCACUGUGUCGCGAUGAGUAAUGGAACCUCAUGUCCUCUGUAAGAGUGUGUUUUUGAUAACCUUGUCAGUAAUUACCUGCCAAUUUUCCUAGUUCCUCUGUACUAGUCCAAUUCAUACCUCAAAGGACGUGUAUUGAAUAAUCAUUUGUAUUCUCUUGUCAUAACUUUGUUUUCCCCUCCCUUAAAUGUACAGUUUUCACAGCACAAAAUGAAUGUGAUUCAUUUCUAAUAAAAGAAUCUAUUACAUUA